GGUGGACAAGGAGCAGGGCUACAAGAGUGUUAAUGGUACGUUCUAUUUCCAUGUAUGAAUAGUAUAGUUUAGGUGUAAAUUAUUUCAUUUUCAUAAUUUAUCCAAACUGAAAUAUAUAUUAUACUGCUAAACUCAAUAUUUUAAAUUUAAAAAAGUAAAAGAAUAAAAAAAAAAAACAGAAUACACUGUUCGACACAUAUAAAUGCAACAUGCCAAUUCAAUGUGCGAUAAAGUUUGUUUAUCUAAAUUUUAAAACCUCACUUAUUAUCAUUAUUAUUAUUAUUACCGUUUAUAUAGCGCCAACAGAUUCCGUAGCGCUUUACAAUAUUAGAAAAAGGGGAGAUUUAACCAUAAAUAAGACAAUUACAACAAACUUACAGGAACGAUAUGUUGAAAAGGACCCUGCUCAAACGAGCUUAUAGUCUAUAGGAGGAGGGGUAUAAAAUAAAAUACAAUAAGACAGAAGAUUGCAAUCAAAAAGGGUGGGAGUGAAGCAGAGCUGGAGGAGAGCUGGAGAAUAGAGUGCUGCUCUUUAGGAGAGAGUAAGGGACAGGUAUGUGAGGUAAAGGUUACUCUGGGAUGCCAUGAACCUUCCUGAGGAGAUGGGUUUUAAGGACUUUUUAAAAGACUGAAGACUGUGGGAGGGUCGGAUGAUGGUAGGCAGGCUAUUCCAUAGGAAUGGAGCCACCUGCAAGAAGUCAUGCAAGCGUGAGUUGGCGGUAUGGGUGUGAACAGCGAACAGGAGAAGGUCAAAGGCAGAGCGGAGAGGCUGAAAAGGGGCAUAACUAUGAAUCAGUGAAGAGAUGUAGGAGGGGCUAGAAUUGUUCAAUGCUUUAUAGGUAUGGAUUAGUAUUUUUAAUUGACUCCUAUAUGAUACAGGAAGCCAAUGUAAGGAAUGACAGAGGGCAUGGGCGAUUUAUGAUGAGCAUGAAACAACACUGCAAUACCGGUGCCAGUAGGUGGCGCUGUGUGUGGAGAGAGGCAGGGAUAGGAAACUACAUCUUAUCCCUGCUUCUCUCGCCUGACUGAAACCGCAGGGGAGCAGCACAUGCAGCCAGCAACUUCCAGACUGCAGAGACAGCCUACAGAUCAGGUAAGUGAGGGAUGGGGGUCAGCAUACAGAUCAGGCAAGUGGGGCACAAAGGUACAGAACAUGUAAGGGGGCAUGGGGGGGCAGCCUACAGCUUAGGUAAGGAGCAGGAAGGGGCAGCAAGGGGCACAAAGGUACAGAACAUGUAAGGGGGCAUGGGGGGGCAGUCUACAGAUUAGGUAAGUGAGGGAUGGGGGGUUAUUAUAAUAAUAAUAACAGGAAGGGUCAGCAAGAAGCAGGAAGGUAAAGUAGGAGAAGGAGCAGAAAUGAGCAGGAAGGGGCAGUAAGGUGUAUGAAGGGACAGCAAGGAGUAGGAAGGGUCUGCAAACAGCAGGAGGGGUCUACAAGGAGCAUGAAGGGGCAGCAAGGAGCAGAAAAAGUCAGCAAGGAGCAGGAAGGGGCUGUGAGGAGCAGGAAGUGGCAGCAAGAGUCAGCAAAGAGCAGAAAGGGUCAGCAAAGAGCAGGAAGGAGCAGCAAGGAGCACAAAAGGAAAAGUAGGAGUAGGAGCGGAAUGGGCCAGCAAGGAGCUGUAAAGGGCAGCAAGGAGCAGAAAGGGGCAUCAAGGAGCUGGAAGGGGCAGAAGGAGCCCAAAGGUAAAAUGGGUGAAGGAGCAGAAAGGAACAGAAAUUAGCAGGAAGGGGCAGCAAGGAGCAGGAAGUGGCAGGAAAGAGCAGGAAGGGGCAGGUAGGAGCAGGAAGGGUCUGCAAGCAGCAGGAAGGGUCAGCAAUCAGCAGAAAGGGGCAGGAAGGGUCUGCAAUGAGCAGAUAGAGUCAGCAAGGAGCAGGAGGGGACAGAAGGAGCACAAAGGUAAAGGAGCAUAACGAAUCAGAAGGAGCCCAAAGGUAAAGUAGGAGAAGAACCAGAAAAUGGCAGCAAAGAGCAGAAAGUGUCAGCAAGGAGCAGGAAAGGGGCUGGAAGGGACAGAAGGAGCACAAAGGUAAAGGAGCAUAACGAAUCAGAAGGAGCACAAAGGUAAAGUAGGAGAAGGAGCAGAAAGGGGCAGAAGGAGCGCAAAGGUAAAGUAGGAGAAAGUGCAGAUAGGACUACAAAUGAGCAGGAAGGGGCAGCAAGAAGCAGGAAGGGGCAGCAAGGAGUCGGAAGGGUCAGCAAGGAGCAGUAAGCGGCUGCAAGGAGCAGGAGGGGGCUGCAAGGAGAAGGAAGGAUAAGCAAGGUAAAGUAGAAGAAGGAGCAGAAAGGGCCAGCCAGGAGCUGGAAAGGGCAGCAUUGAGUAGAAGGGGGCAGGGAGGAGCUGUAAGGGGCAUAAGGAGCGCAAAGGUAAAGUAGGAGAAGGAGCAGAAAGGAAUAGAAAUGAACAGGAAGGGGCUGCAAGGAGAAGGAAGGAGGAGAAAGAAUCAGAAGGAGCACAAAGGUAAAGUAGAAGAAGGUGCAGAAAGGGCCAGCAAGGAAUAGAAAGGUAAAGUAGGAAAAUAUUUUUAUGAAUUAGGAUCUAGCGAUUGGCUUAGAGUGUCAGCUGACUCUAGCCAAUCAGUGGCACUCAUGUCUGACGUCACUUUGCACUUCCUGACACUCCGUUUCAGAAGCCGAAUACCACUGAGCAACCUGGAGAUCUGGAGCUGAAGGAAGUCUUUGGGGUUAAACCAUCUGAGAGAGGUUUAACUCCUUAACCCCUUAAGGACACAUGAUGGAAAUAUUCCAUCAUGAUUCCCUUUUAUUUCUGAAGUUGUGUCCUUAAGGGGUUAAAGGAAAGAGAGCACCCAGGGGCCUCCUGGCAUCAUAGAAUUUUCAUUUAGAUGAAGUUGUUAUGGGGACUAGAAUUUUCCUUUAAUUUGAUUAAAGGAACACUAUAGUGUCAGAAACACAUACAUGUAUUCCUGACACCAUAGUUGUGAAAACGCUAUUCACCCUGGCUUUAUGUGAUCAUGACUAUGCCCCUCCUCUUCAUGACACUGUCAACAAGGGGCCAAGCAUGGAUGCCAUUAUAAUUAUGCCCUCCCCUCCCCCCGCGCCCAGAAAAAUUCCUGCGGGCGUCCAUGACAGAGGUGUGAGGCGUGAGAGGACCCACUGGAGAGGAAAAUCAGUCUGGCGGCAGCAUUCAUUACAGACUGCAACGGGGCAAUACGGUUUUUGGGAAGACCAAUUAGGAGAGGGUUACAAUAAUCCAUGCGGGAAAUUACUAAAGCAUGUACAAGCUCCUUAGUAGUAUUUUGUGUAAGAAAGAGGCGGAUGAGGGCUAUGUUUUUAAGGUGGAAUCUACAGAAUUUUUUAACAGACUGGAUGUGAGAGUCAAGUAUAACGCCAAGACUUCAAGUCUUUGUGUAAUGUCGUAAUGAAUUAAAAUACAUACAACGUGUAAUGUUGUAAUGUUUAAAACUUAAAAUUAAUCCUAUUCAUAUUUUAAUUGUCUAAUUUGCAAAGUGAAUUAUGAUGUGGAUUGCUGGUAAAUCUGCCAUCUAGCAAAUAUAUUGUAUAUGAAUAAUUCUAUAGUUACAUGAUAAGAAGAUUCCAUAGUAUAUUCCCCCCAUCCCCUCCUGCCCACCCCCCCCCAAAUGACAGUUAAAUUGUUUUCCCUUCUCAAACUUGCUUUAUAAUAACAAAUGCUGGACCGCCCUGUAAUGUGAAUAGGGAAUUAUGUAAGAACUGUCCGAAAUUCAACAGAAUUAACAAUUAGUAGAAAACAUAUGGCAUAUGCUAAAGGAACACUCCAGACACAUAAAGUAAUUAAUCUUGCGGAAGUGCUGUCUGUCUCUGUAGUCUGUCAGGUCAGCAACUUUUGCAAGCUGUUUUUUUUUCAUAUACCCCUAAAGAACAACAAUUAUAAAAUUUUCAAUGGAAUGUUCCUUUAAUUGCAAUGAGUAAUCACUUUAGCAAGACAGUUGGUUGUCAGGAUACCAUCAGCAUACCAGAUGUAAAUUAAACUCAAUAAAUUAACAAUUGGAUGUCUCUGUUUUUAUUAAACAUCUGCCAACAAAAUCAAGGGAACACACCCAUAUUACCAACAUACAAUACGUUAUAGAGUGGUUAAUAAUAGCAAUUAAUAAUGCUAGUCUUUUGAAAUACAAAAUAAAUGUUGGUUCAUGGUUUCUUUUAAUCGUGGUCUGUUCUCAAUGUUUUUCUACAAGAUAAUUGCUUAGGAGUUUGUACCCUAAAGAAUUAGCAUACCUGCUAACAUUUUAGGAAUGUAGCCCCAAGAAACGAGCGCAGCUUAGUCGAUAGGGCCUUGACAGAGCUAGGAGGUGGUCUUAGGUGGAAAGUGGGCUGUAAUUGGGCAAAUUAACUAGUGGGCUGAUAAUCUACUCAUUCUAAUUUACUCACUGGGCCGAAUUUGUCCCUCCCGCCCUCCCUAAGGGGUUUGGGGAUUUGCAAAGGUUAUUCCCCGCUUUGUCACAGUGGCGGGGUUAGUGAGCUAAAGUUUAGGGGGAAAACAGGCCCUUGGUUAAGUACAGGGUAGUUAUAAUGUUGGGUAGGAAGGGAUUGAUAUUGUUCAUGUUUAAGUUUGGUAGGUUUCAAGCUUGUCUGUAGCUCAGAAUCUGGUGAGGUAGGGGUAUCCGGGUAUACCCCUACCAUGAUUAACAAAAAUUAGCUCUUUAUGUAUUAUGGUUAUGACGUUGAUUGUUUGUUAUAAAUUUUAUAUUUAUUUCUGAAAAUAUGGGUCAUUGCCUUUUGUAUGACUGAGGAAUAUGUUAUGUUAUAGGUGGGGUGGGGGCGAGACUUUAAUUAUUUAUGUUCUUGAAGCGGAACCCUGGUAACUGGACGAGACACAGCUCUAGGAGUACAACUGAAAAUGAACUGCGUUUAUUUUGUCAUACAAGGUUUUACAUGCACAGACCCCUACAUGGGGUCUCCAGCACAAUACAUCAGGGGUUUCCAUCCCAAGAAACUGAUGGGGGAAUGCAAAAGAGACAAAGAAGCCAGUUCAAACUGGGCUGGCAGUGUCACUGUGACAACUCUGUGCUAGGACAGGAAGAGGAAGGGGGAGGGGGAGAGGUAUAGACAAGCAAUACAUUUCACUUAACGAUACAUUACAGAGCUGCUGCCCCCCCUUUGUUGACCCACAGCUGCAUAUACAGACACAUGUAAGACAGUCACAAAAAUGGCGCCGCAAGCUUGUGGCCCACGCCAAACAAAUCAGGCCAUCCAUCACAUAUCUUCCCCCAUCAAAAUAGAUAGACCUGUGGCCAGACCAACGACGGGCCUGCAACAAGUCGGUUGGACCCACUUGAGUCUACAGUCCAAGUCCUUGGAGUUCAAUGUGACUGAGCAAGUGGAGGGGGGCACAUGUGCGUAUGGCACUCAGUGACGGCGUUCCGUCACAGUUCUCAUGUUAUGUUAUAAUAUAUAUAUAUAUUUAAUAAAGCUGUGGACUUAUUGACCCAUACAAGAUCGGUGUUUGUGUUUUAUUGGGUAGAUGACAAGGUGGGCAGGCCCGGACUAGCCCACCGGGAUACCAGGAAAUUUACGGGCCAGGCUGACAGCCCUGAUCAUCAGGCUAAGGUCUUUUAAGUAUUUCCCCCUCGGACUGUGCCAGCCUGUGUCAGUCCGAAGGGAGUAAACAGGGAGGAGCUGGGGGCUGGUGCGGCAGCCCGCGGCCAGAUUGAGACCCGUCAGUCUCCCUUCAAAAUUUACAUUCAUUUUGGUCGCAUACCCCGCCCCCACACGUAAGCCCCCCCUCUUAAAUGGAAGCUCCAUAUCCAGUAUGCAAACUCUGCCCCCACACACAUUGCUGACCUCGCUGGGAGGAAGAGGCAACAAAAGGGCAACUUCACCUACCAGUGCCAGGUAAGCUUCAGCCAUAACAGUGAUUGUGUGCCUGCUAGUGAGACAGCUUGUGUGUGUGUGCCUGCUAGUGAGUGAGCUUGUGUGUGUGCCUGCUAGUUAGAGAGCAUGUGUGUGUGUGUGCCUUCUAGUGAGUGGGCUUGUGUGCCUGCUAGUGAGAGAGCUUGUGUAUGUGUGCCUGCUAGUGAGAGAGCUUGUGUGUGUGUGCCUGCUAGUGAGAGAGCUUGUGUGUGUGUGUGCCUUCUAGUGAGUGAGCUUGUGUGCCUGCUAGUGAGAGAGCUUGUGUAUGUGUGCCUGCUAGUGAGAGAACUUGUGUGUGUGUGCCUGCUAGUGAGUGAGCUUGCAUGUGUAUGUGCCUGCUAGUGGGUGAGCUUGUGUGUGUGUGCCUGCUAGUGAGUGAACUUUGUGUGUGUGCCUGCUAGUGAGUGAGCUUGUGUGUGUGUGUGCCUGCUAGUGAGUGAGCUUGUGUGUGUGUGUGUGUGUGUGUGUGUGUGUGUAUGUAUGUGUGUCAUUGGUUAUAGCUCUACUUAUCAAUGCAUACCGCUCAUGAAUUCUGUCAGAUUGUUUUGGAACAGUUUGAUAAAGCCUGGGGUUCUCCACUGCAUAUAUAACCAGAUCCCUCUAAAGCGAGGUUUUAGAAGAAUAUCAUCAUAUCUGUUCCAUUGUAGGUGUGGCAUUGUGCCAAUGACUUGUUCGCAGGGAAAAGUAAAGGGUGGCCACAGAAUAUUUACACCAUGUUUAUUCCAAACUGUUCAGAAUCACAAGAUGCUACUGAGUGAGCUUGUGUGAGUCUGUGUGUCUGCUAGUGAGUGAGCUUGUGUGUGUAUGUGUGUGUCUGCUAGUGAGUGAGCUUGUGUGUGUGUGUGUGUACCUGCUGGAGAGAGCUUGUGUGUGUGUGUGUGUGUGUGUAUGUGUCUGCUAGUAAGUAAGCUUAUGUGUGUGUGCCUUCUAGUGAGUAAGCUUGUGUGUGCCAUCUAGAAUGUGUGUGUCAGCGAGCUUGUUUGUGGUGAGCAUGUGUGUGUCAAUGAGCUUGUCUGUAGUGAGCAUAUGUGUGUCAGUAAGCUUUUCAUGUGUGUGUUAGUGAGUUUUUCUUUAGUGAGCAUGUUUGUGUCAGUGAGCUUUUCUGUAGGGAGUAUGCGUGUGUCAACAAGCUUUUCUGUAAGGAGCAUGUGUGUGUCAGUGAGAUUGUGUGUCAGUGAGCCUAUGUGUGUACAUCUGUGAGCUUGUGUUUUUAUGUCAAUGAGAUUAUGUAUAUCAGUGAGAUUGUUUGUCUGUGAGGCUGUGUAUCAAUUAGCUUUUGUGUGUCAGUGAGGUUGUCUGUGUCUGCAGACAAUAUUUGAUAUUAGAAAAAUUAUAUAUAUAUAUAAAUAUAUAUAUAUAUAUAUAUAUAUAUGUGUGUGUGUGUGUGUGUGUAUGUGUGUGUGUGUGUUUAUAUGUUACUCAAUCAUCUGGGGUGGCAAGACAUAGCCUUACAUAUUACAUGCGACAAUAUAUGGCGCAAUGACUUAUGGGGCUGGCGUAGAUUUUCUUUUCCAGGGCUGCUUUGUAUCCCCAGUCCAGCCCUGAAGGUGGGGUCUUUUAUUCCACCAGCCCACAUGCUGACGAUGCGCCUGUUAUGCCCUAUUAUAUCUGCAAUGGACUCUAGCAUACUUUACAAAAUUGGCAGUCCCAGAAUCGGGAUGCCAGUGGCAGAGAGGGUGAAGGGGGCAGAAAAAUGAUGUGAUUUUGUCCCUGGCUCUGCCCAAAAGGAGAUGGACCUGUGCAGAACGGGGAGGUGUCUGUUAGUCUGGUGUGAAUACACACCAGUCUGCCUGCCAAUCAUUUUAGCAAGGAGCAGAGUUUCAGUGCUUCCUGCAUAGAGCCCUAACCAUAGCGUGAUAAUGUCUAAUAAUGCGCUCGCGCUAUGAUUGUUGGGGACAGUUCCCUGGUGUGGUGUGACUGUGGGACAGGAUAUGAAAAUCAGGACUGUCCUGCCAAAAUCUAGCCAAUUUGGAGGCAUGCUAUAGAAGAGCUAAUUGAACAAAUAUUUAGCUCCAAAAAUAAGUUGUUGUUUUUUUUCUCUAUUGGUUACUUUUUCUCACUUGACCUGUAAACAAAAUGAACAAACUUCAGUGUACUGAAAAAUAAAACAAUUAACUCAUUUGUUCAGGCCCUUCUUCACUGAUUAUUAGUAUUCUGUAUAUCAAUUACUUUUUCUCAAAUAUUUCUAUUCCAUAAUUCUAGAGCGCUAUAGAAUAUGUGGGUGCUAUAUAAAUGCCAAUAAUAAUAACCUUUUUCGCAGCAGACUUAUUAGCCCAUUUUCUGUACCCUUUCUGAUCUAUGAAAAUCGUUUUUUCCCAAAUAUUGUCAUGGACGAUAUUCAGACAAAUUGCACAGUAAACUGAAUGAAUGGUGGAAGCCCCAAACGUAAUUUAUUUUUUUCAGAAAAAAAAAAUGGUUCUCACAGUUUCUGUUACAAUCAUAUAUUAAUAAGUCCAUCAUCCUGCUUAUGGAUAUUUGUAUGGAACCAGAUUAAUGAAGUUUCUCAAAAAUGCAUUUCUCCAAAAUUAGAAUGUUAAAUGUAAAAUUAUUUAUAUAUAUAAAUAUAUAAUGGCUCACAAGACUUCUGCUUUGCAUUUGUCACAGCUUGAUACCUGUAUAUAUCAUGUGUCCAUGUGAUCUACAUUCAGCCAUUUGAUUGGCUAUUUGUGCGACAGUUGGACUUCCACUAACUGACAACAAACUCAGGUCGAAGAUCUGGUGAAACAGCUUACAUUUUAUAUCCUUUUUUGGCCUCUAUAUAUAACACACAGCUCUAGUUAAUGUAUUUCUCAUUGGUGCGCCACAUUUGUAGCAUUAUUUAUUUAUUAUUUCUUUAUUUAUUUAUAAAAUAUUUUACCAGGAAAGAUACAUUGAGAUUUUUCUCGUUUUCACACAAAUCAUCGCAUUGUUACAAUUAGGGUACAAUAAAAUACAAAAUCAAUAUUAAUACACAAUGAAUACAAAAUUUAACAUAGAACAGGCAGGAAAUAUAUAAUCAACCAUGACACGUGCAUUCUGUUUUGAGGUAUGUAGAGAGGGAUCUCUUAAAGGACUUUAGGCUUGGGGAAGAUUUUAAAUUGUGCGGGAGGUCGUUCCACAAUUGCGGUGCUCUGUAGGAGAAGGAGGAUCGGGCCGCUUUCUUUUUGUAUUGAGGUAGACUAAGUAAAGUGUUGGUACUGGAUCGGAGGUUAUAGGAAGUGGGAACAGCUGGGGAAAGCAUUUUGUUCAGGUAGGGUGGGAGUUUCCCAGAAAAUCUCUUAAAAACAAGCUGGAAAGAUGAAGGGUGCGCCUGGAUUCCAGCGACAGCCAGUUUAGUUCUUUUAGCAUGCCACAAUGGUGAGUCCUGUAAUUACAUUGUAUCACAAAUCGGCAGAACGAGUUAUACAAUGUGUUGAGUUUAUUAAUGUGGGAUUGCGAUGCAGAUGCAUAUACUACAUCCCCAUAAUCAAUGAUUGGCAUCAGCAUUUGCAGUACAAUCUUUUCCUUUACUGUAGUAUUUAGGCAGGAUUUGUUUCUGUACAGGGCACCUAGUUUUGGAUAAAGUUUAGAUGCAAGCUUUUCUAUGUGCAGGCCAAAAGAUAGAUUGGGGUCUAAUAUCAUACCCAAGUAUUUGAAAGAGUGGACUGUGGUCAGUGUGCCAUUUGAAUUUGUUUUGAUGGAUAGGUGGGAAUUGUGUAAUUUGUGUAAUUUAGGUACUGUUCCAAAGAUCAUUGUGACAGUUUUGUCAGUGUUCAGGAAGAGUUUGUUUUUUGCGAUCCACUUUUCUACCUCUGUAAACUGGUCUUGGAGCACAGCCUCAAGCUGCGGUUGGAAUUGCUCGCAUAGAUUACCAUGUCAUCUGCGUACAUGUGUACAUUUGAGGAUUUGCAGACAUUAGGCAGAUCAUUUAUAAAUAAUGUAAAUAGUAGGGGGCCGAGAAUGGAACCUUGGGGAACACCACACGUGACUGGGAGGGGUAGGGAGUCGCUGUCAGAAAUGGACACAUAUUGCGAGCGAUCCGAUAUAUGCGAUCAAAACCAGUUUAGCGAACAAUCCCCAAUACCUGAUUUUUUGAGUUUGUGCAGUAGAAUGUCGUGGUCUACUGUGUCGAAGGCCUUAGCAAAAUCAAGUAAAAUAGCUCCAGUUAGGUCUCUUUGUUCCAUGCCAGUUUGGAUGUCAUUGCAAACUUUUAAGAGGGCAGUUGUACUGGAGUGAUUCUGGCGAAAGCCCGAUUGAUCAGGGGUCAGAUAGUUUGAUUGUUGGUAGUACUCACAUAGUUGCGUAUGGACACAUUUUUCUAAGUUUUUGACAAUACCGGGAGCAAUGAUAUUGUGCAAUAAUUAGAAACCAAAGUAGUGUCACCACUUUUAUGGAUAGGCACUACUCUUGCAGUCUUCCAAAGUUUGGGUAUGUUUCCAGACAUCAAGGAUUCGUUAGUUAGAGUUGAGACGGGUUUAGCAAUUGCUGGCGCACUUUAGAUUAAUGAUAUGCCAUUCUAGGCAAUUUAAUUUUAGUUUGUUCACUUUUACAUAAGCAUACUUGAUGAGGCCUAGCAGAGAAAAACAUGCGUCAAUUACUACUAUACUUGAGCUUUUGCAGAUAGACGUAGUAGGAUAAUUUAUUCGGGGUUUAAAAUAUGAGUUAAGAUUGAGAUUUCGUCAUAUUACUUAGAACACUCCAAGAACCAUAAUCACCACAGUGCGCUGUAGUGGUUAUGGUGCUAGGAGUCCCCUGGCAUCUCACCAAUGUAAGUAGUUAAACCGUUUACCCCAGGAUGUACUUGGAAACCAGAACCAUCUGAAUGUACCUUUCCUGGUUAAAUGCUUUGUUAUUAUUAUUACUUACAAACUGUUUACUUCUUGCUUAGGGUGGAGAGCCGGAAGCUAAGCAUGAUCUUUUGUUUGCUCUCCUCGGCUAAGCCUUGCUGUACAGGACUAGCUCAAUGAGCAAUGGCAUCAGUUGAUCAUUCUUAGUCAAUAAGCUAAACUCUGCACUGCUGGGUUUAGCUUAAAGGACCACUAUAGUGCCAGGAAAACACACUCGUUUUCCUGGCACUAUAGUGCCCUGAGGGUGCCCCCACCCUCAGGGUCCCCCUCCCGCCCGGCUCUGUAAAGGGGAUAAGGGGUAAAUCUUACCUUUUUCCAGCGCUGGACGGGGAGCUCUCCUCUUCCGAUCCUCCUCCUCUCCGCCCAUUCGGCUGAAUGCGCACGCGCGGCAAGAGCUGUGCGCGCAUUCAGCCGGUCGCAUAGGAAAGCAUUAUCAAUGCUUUCCUAUGGACGCUUGCGUGCUCUCACUGUGAUUUUCACAGUGAGAAUCACGCAAGCGGCUCUAGCGGCUGUCAAUGAGACAGCCGCUAGAGGCUUUGGAGGAAGGCUUAACCCAUUUGUAAACAUAGCAGUUUCUGUGAAACUGCUAUGUUUAUAAAAAAAUGGGUUAACCCUAGCUGGACCUGGCACCCAGACCACUUCAUUAAGCUGAAGUGGUCUAGGUGCCUAGAGUGGUCCUUUAAACAAAGAUCUUUUGGAUCUCUUUGCAAAGUAGUGGAGGUGGAGAAUGGUGCCUGGCAGAAACCAUGUAAGAAGUCGAACUAUUUAAAACACGAGAACACUUGUGCCGUUGAGCUUUCCUCUAAGAAGGGAUGAUCAGUAGAUAUUACAUCCGUUUGGAUACAUUGAGACUAGAAAGCUGGCGAAGACCAUUCGGAAUUAAUUGUAAUUGACUAAGUACCAAAGAUUGUGAAAACAUGGGGCUGCACUCACCUGAACAUGCAUAAAUUGGGUGCUGCUGGGCUAAUUCAUACAAUACACAAGAUCCAGCUCACUCAGUCACUAAACAGCAACUUCAAAGCUCACAGAUUAGUAUUUUUUAAUUAGUUUUAUUUAAGAACACCUAAUCUAGGCAAAAAUAAUGGGGGGGUUAGUUACAGUAUAUGAUCAUAUAAUGCGUAAGCCUGCCACAACGUCAAUGUACCCCAUCUUUGGCAGGUCCUACUCUACCGACCUAAUGUCUGCUCUUAUGAGAUUAACCCACUUACUUGGGGGGGAAAAAUUCCAUCUGGGGUACAAAAUUAAAUAGGACCCUAGAAUGAGGCACCUGUGACAGGGAGGGGUGCAAAACCAAGGAGUUGGCCUAGACUCCCAAAUAUAUACAUAAAACCAGGGGGCUGCACUCACUAAGUAGAAGCAAAUAAGUAAUCAUUGCUAAUCAACACGUUAUGUGCCUAUAGGCUUAGGCAAACACAAACUGGAAAUAGGUGUAACUCAAUGAAAACUUAGAGUGCUGAUUUUUCAGUGCUUGACUUAGAGCUACAAGACUUUAGUGCUUUAUGCUAGGUAUUUUAAUGUAAGCAGACAAAUAUGCAACUUCAAUUCUUUAUUCAUCGAGGAUGUUUUGUGUUUGCUUGCGAAUACUUAUAAAACUAUUUCUAGAGGACAGGUCUGACCAGUGUUAACAACAAUUUGUUGCUGGUCCUUGCAAUGUGAAUAGCAUAGCAUAGCAUGACUGUUUACUCCCUCUCAGUAGAUUUUAAACAUUCACUAGGGGAACCAUUGUUAUAGAGUUCUCCUUUGGCCAUUUUUGUACAUUCCUUUUGUCUCUUCAUCAUUACCUUCAAUUUGUGUUUGUGGUUUUUAGUCAGAUAAAAAAAAUGUUCUAUGUUAACCUCACACAACCAUAUAUGCCAAUAUCUUCUUGCAACCUUACAAAAUAUAUCCUACACCUCUCAUUGCACUCCAAAUGUUAAAGAUAGUGAGGAGGUGACAUCCCACAUUAUCCCAUGAGUGUGGGCGAUAUCUGAGUUGCAGGAGCGUCAUUUUUUUUUGAUAAACCACACAAAUGCAGUUUGACAAAUAAACAGAGACCCUUUACACUAUAACCACUACAAUAAUGUUUAACCCCUUAGCGACCGAGGAUGGUUCAGGACCGUCAUCGGCAUUUUUGCCUUGAGGACCGAUGACGGUCCUGAACCGUCCUAACGGUCUUAGUUACUUACCUGAUCGCCGUCGUUCCCCCGGCGGCGAUCAGCGUGGCUCCGGUUGUGGGGAGACUGCCUGCAGCCCAGACAGUCUCCCCACACUGGAUUAGGACCCCUGUGGCCAUGUGAUCGCUCAACACAGCGAUCACAUGGUCACAAUAGGUGUCCAUGUGUCUGCCUGCAGGGGGACUGUCUGUGCUGACAGGCAGUCUCCCUGCUGUGUAAAAUCAGAAAAAAUAAAUAAAGUUAGUGUUAAUUAAAAAAAUAAAAAUAAUUAUAUAUGUGUAUAUAUGAUAUAUAGACAUAUAUUAUACCUAUAUAAUAUAUGUCUAUAUAUCAUAUAUAUAUAAUGCCAUACUAAGUGUAUUUUUAUAUUAAUAUGUACUUAUAUUAAUAUAAAAAUACACUUAUAAUUAAAUACACACGUGUAUAUAUAUAUAAUAUAUAUAAUAACUAUAUAUAUUGUAUAUAUAUAUUAUUAUAAAAUAUAAAUAAUAAGUAAUUUAAAUUAAAUAAAAAAAUUUUAAAAUAAUAAAAAAAUAAAAAAAUUAUAUAGCUAUAUGAAAUUUUAUUCUAACUGUAUUUUAAAAUUAUAUAUAUAUAUUUAUAUCAAAAUACACUUAGAAUGAAUUUGUAUAUAUAUCUAUGUAUAUAAAAAUAAAUAAAAAUAAGAAAUAUACAUAUGUCCAUAUACAAAAUUACAUAAAUAAUUAUAUAAAUAUACACGUAGACUUCAAAUAUAUAAAUAUGCAUAUAUAUUUAAAUUCUACGUGCGUAUUUAUGUAAUAGUUUUACAUAAUUCAGUAAUUUUAUUGAUUGCAAUUUAAGGGACCUGCCUGCCAACCCAGGCCGAAAUUCCAGAGAAUUGAAUUUGCUAGCACUGUAUUUUACCCUGUAACGUUCUACGACACCCUAAAACCUGUACAUGGGGGGUACUGUUUUACUCGGGAGACUUCGCUGAACACAAAUAUUAGUGAUUCAAAACAGUAAAACAUAUCACAGCAAUGAUAUUGUCAGUGAAAGUGACUUUUUUUGCAUUUUUCACACACAAACAGCACUUUUACUGAUGAUAUAAUUGUUGUGAUACGUUUUCCAGUUUUUAAACACUAAUAUUUGUGUUCAACAAAAAUCUCCUAAUUAAUAUUAUCAAAUAUUUUUACAUUGAAAAUGGCCAGGUUGGUUACGUUGCCUUUGAGAGCGUAUGGUAGCCCAGGAAUGAGAAUUACCCCCAUGAUGGCAUACCAUUUGCAAAAGAAGACAACCCAAGGUAUUGCAAAUGGGGUAUGUCCAGUCUUUUUUAGUAACCACUUGGUCACAAACACUGGCCAAAAUUAGCGUUCAAUUUAGUUUUUUUACUUUUUCACACACAAACAAAUAUGAAUGCUUACUUUGGCCAGUGUUUUCGACUAAGUGGCUACUAAAAAAGACUGGACAUACCCCAUAUUGAAUACCCUGGGUUGUCUACUUUAAAAAAAAUAUGUACAUGUGGGGUGUUAUUCAGAGAUUUAUGACAGAUAAUGGUGUUACAAUGUCACUAUUGAUAAAUUUUAAAAAUGUAUGUUUUGAAACCGCAAUAUUCUACUUGUACCUAUAGCCCUAUAACAUGCAAAAAAAAGCAAAAAAGUAUGUAAACACGGGGUAUUUUUAAACUCAGGACAACAUUUUGAAUCUAUUUAGCAGUUUUUUUAAUUCGCUUUUGUAGAUGAGUAAAAGAUUUUUCAAGUAAAAGUCAAAAAACAUGUAUUUUUUUCAAUUUUUCAUCAUAUUUUUUAAUUUUUUUUAAAUUAAAAUACAUGAGAUUAUAUAAAUAAUGGUAUGUAAAGAAAGCCCCCUUUGUCCUGAAAAAAACAAUAUAUAAUUUGUAUGGGAACAGUAAAUGAGAGAGCGGAAAAUUCCAGCCAAACACAAACACCACAAAAGUGUAAAAAUAUGCCUGGUCGCAAAUGUACAACAUCGCAAAAACAGUCCAGUCCUUAAGGGGUUAAUGUAUUAUUUUGAUUUUAUGAUAGAAUGUAAAGCUUAACUAUGUGUUUUGUUUCUUUUGUUUCUACAGUAUUCAUAACUAACAUGGCUCUGAGGUUUGGUGGCAGCAAUUCAAGAACCUUCAAGUUGUUCCUACACGUUGUGCUCCUCAUUAUAGUCAUAAUUCUCUUUAGAGUCCUGUAUAUUAACCCAUAUACUGAGCUAGAGGUAUGAUAUGCCCACAGAUUUUAUUUACACAAAACAUAUACACAAUAAUCACAUUUAUAUAAUGAUAAGAACACAUGCAUUAAUUUGUUGCAGUUACCACGUUGGGGCAAAUUGUGACAAAUGAUGUUGGUGACAUUACUAGACCUGGUAUCUUUGGUAGGUCUACUUACUAACACCUGUUGGUAAAAAGAAGUCAGUAAGUAAUGUUUACACCAACAGAGCUCCUUGGCCCAUCAUUAGGUUUAAAAUAAACACAUAACUCACUUUUGGCUCUAUUGGUACCGACCAACACUUAGAGUUUAUCUUCUUAAAAAUUUGAAUUAUUGUUUUCUUUUCCUCUUUACAUAUAGAUUAGGCAGAUGAUUUUGAGUCAGAUAGCUUCAGGUGGUCAAUGUUUUUAUCAAACAUGAAACCAGGUGUUACUUGGCAUUUUUUCUAUGGGAGAAGAUAAAGUUACAAUGCUCAAAUACUAUGAGGGAUCAAAAGACACAAAUAUACAAUAAUUUGUGUACAAAAAAUAAAUAGUCAAACUUAACUUAGUGACAACAUCCCUUGGCAGCCUUCCCACUUGGAUCCCCGAACAAAACAAAUGUGUACAAAAAAAUAUGGGAAACAGCUGUCAUAGCCUAUAAAGAAAGGCAUAUAUGUAAACACGUUUUUGGAAGCACUCACAGUGUGAAGUAAAUCAAAGCGCCUUGAUGGUGCCACCCCUGCAGAGGAGGGUUAGUAUCCCAAUCCACCUUUAGCUCCUUCCCAGUAUAGGAAACAGGAGAAAGCAGGAAUCAAGGUAAAAAAGGUAAUUUAUUUUUAAAAAGCCUCUGGUCCUACGCGUUUCAUUCUGGUCAAACAGAACUUCCUCAGGGACCUCACAAUUAAAAUACAAUUUUCUAAUACUGUGAGUCUGGAGCUCAUGAGAGCCAUUACAUCAGGUCUGCACCCAGCAGUGGCUACACACCAAAAGCUCUCCACACUGGACGAUCAGGUUUAGGAAUGUCCCCCUGUCCCUGGCCAAAUGUAACAAGAGCGGGGGAGAGAGGAAUAAAAUUAUUCUUUUUUAAUAAUAAUAAUAAAUAAGUAUUUGUUUUUGUGACGAAGCUCCUGUACUCCGACCAAGUACCUCUGCCCAGUCCGCUUCCUAGCCGCUUACAGGGACCCUGAAACGCUUCAGCCCCAGUCACCGAAGCCUGACUAGGAUCCCUCCAGAACUCUUCCAACUGAUACAGAUGCAGCUCUCAUUUCAGGCAGUUAUCAUCCCCUCUUCCUAUUCUGCUGCAGCCCUUCUUCCAGGCAUGGAUUGUCCCCUCUGUCUAUUCUGCUGCAGCUCUCUCUUUCCAGGCAGUGAUCAUCCCCUCUGCCAAUGCCACUGCAGAUCUCUCCUUCCAGGCAGGUAUCGUUCCCUCUGUCUAUUCCACUGCAGCUCUUCCUCCUGGCAGGUGUCCGGAACACUGCCUAUAAUGUGAAAAUGGUUAUUGACUUUACAAAAGUACUUGCGGCUCUCAGGUCUAGCUCUCUUAAUUUAUCCUAGGGCAAGAGGGAUCGUGCAGCCAGCAAACAGGUCCAAAGACUCUGUCACUGGGACUCCUAAAUGGGCACAGAGUGACUUAAACAUAGGAGUCAUCCAGACUGUCUUCCGGAAAGCCACUAGAGGCACAUCUGCUUUGUUUUCCUGACACCAUAGUGAUCCUUUAAUGUUUCUGGGGAGUACAGUGUGUGACAGGAAUCUCUCAGGGGAUAUGUAUGGCAUUCAUCAGAUCAGAAGACAAAUGUCAUACGAGUACUUAUAUUGCCAGGAGAAAGAUUGCUUCCCCAUAUUAUGCAUUUUAUUAAUGGGGAUGGGUUUAUUGCAUCAGAUAAUUUUACAAAUAAAUUACAGAAAGUUCCUGGUAUCAAAUCCUAAGCAAGCAGCAUUGUAUAUUUUGACAUUUAGAGCAGUGUGUGACUACCAUGGAUGCAGGAGUUGCAGCGGCUACUGGGCCUGAUACUCCACAGGGCCCAGCCACUUCUGCAACCCCUGUGAGCGUGAGCAGCCGGGCCGGCAUAACCUCAAGACCGGUGCACUGUUACACCAGUGGUUGGCGGGUGACUGACAAGAGGGGAGUCGAGUGGACUGUGGCAGGAAGUACUCACAGUGAGAGAGCAUUUCCAGUUAGACAGGGUACUGCAAGCAAGUACAGGAGGGGAGAGGGAAGAAAUACAUGGAGGGGCUGGGGGAUGAGACAAAUGGAGGGGCUGGGCAGUUUUUUCACUGGAGCCCAGUGUUUUCUUGUUUGGAGCACCCCUUUUAUUUUAAGAACUUGUGUCAGUUAUGCUACAGCAUUUUGAUGUCAGACAGGUAUGAACUUUAAAAAAAAAAUUUCAAAAAAAAUUUCAAAAAACAAACCUUACAAUUUUUUACAAUAACUGAUUUUUUGGUGCCCUCAUUUGGCAAAGUUAGUAAAAGAAAACUAUAGUUAAGAAAUACAUGAACUUGCCAUCUUCUGCCUCCUUAUAUAAUAGUUCUUCUUCUUCUGUAGGAAAAACAAGUACUUCUGCAUAAGGAAAUAAUGUGCUUAGCAGUUGAUAGAUCCAAUCUAAAACAGAGGACAGCAAUAUUACAAGAACAGCUAGAAAACCAGACCAAAGAGUUGGACAAACUCCAAAAUAUUCAUAAUUUUCAAGCAGAACAACAAAUGAUGAAUUUCUUAUCCGAAAAGGUAAAUUAAGGAAACAUUUUCUAAUUAUGCACAUACUAUUGAUAUCCUUUUAUUUUAUUGUGGUUUCACGCAUAAUUUUAGUCCUUUUCUUAUUAAAGGAAACAUUUGAGUAGGUAAUGUGCACAGUUAGUCUCAUCGGCUAAAAGUGGACCAAACAUUAGAUUUCACUGAUGCUAACGAGAGACACAAUAAUAGUAACGUCAUUUUAAAAUGAAAUCAAAGUGCUGAUAAUUAAAGUGCAUAUAAAUAAUUCAAACUGUUGAAGAGCAAAUCGAACAUUAUUUCACAUACUUCAACCGAAAACGAAGAACAAUCUUCCAGGUGUCCAGAUUUAAUCAUAGAAAAAAAAAAAAAAGUAAAUGUAACAGAUCCCGUAUACUCCGGCUGAGUAUAUCUGCUGAAGACUCUCCCUAGUUCCGCAGAGUGAAAGUGUUAUAGCCUUUGCAUCCCCAAACAUCAGCCAAGACUUGAUGAAGGGUAAAUCAACUAGUUUUAUUCAGGCAAACAUACAGGUGUUUACACAUUGACCCCCAGCAUGGGGUCUCUAUUCAUUCUGGCUUAAGCCCACCCAGGCUUCUCUGUGUCUGGGAGAUAAUUGAGUUGGGCCUCGGUAAACUAAUUAUCUCCCGAAUUCAGAAGACACAACACAAAAUACCCCGAAAACAAGCAUAAAAGAACAAUGUACCCCCACAAGCUACAUAUCCCCUGAAAAGUGGGAUCCGAGUGCCCAUUCUGUCCACUGGGUUAAACUUUGGUGCCAUGUCAUGGUCUUUUACUGAGGGCUCCAGCUGGUUGGGAAAAGGGAGCGCCCUGCUUCUCACAGGGAGUGAUUGUUCAGGGGAUGGAGUAUAACCUAAACUCCAAGGAGCACCUGUCUAGAUCUUUGGAAAAAGGGUUAAAACAAGGUCUCAAACUGACCGGUUUGAGGCACUGGCCGUAGCCAGGUUGGAGUUCCAGAGAGGUUGAACAACGGUUGGUAGGGCAAUUCGUGGGGGAGUGUAUAUUGAGGAAGGAAUGAGAGUGAUCACAAUCUUUUAGGCAUAAUUUAUUUCAAGUACAAAAUACUCAUGACAUGUAAACUAAAUAUAAUAAAAGCAUAUAAACAUCUGACAUUCACGAAAAAUAAGUGCAACAGUCACAUCAAUAAAUUUAUGCUUGUUAGAUCUCACUUGGUGAGUGCCACAAACUACAAUUAACUCUUUCACUUGAUUUUACAGAAGAUAGAGUUAACAUCAUUGCACAGACAUCUUGUCCAUCAUGGCAAACUAAGCUGCUUAUAUGUCCUCUCCUACAAAACAUACUUGCCUCCAUUAUGUCCCUUUUUUUUCAGCACCAGGAACCUGCCCCCUUUUUUGGUGCCAGGAACGGAACUAUGAAUAAACAACUGAAAUGACCAUGUUUGUCCAUUAAAGAUCUCGUUUGCUCGGUUAUACGCCCUUAUAGCGCUUCAGAGUUACAUAAUUCGGCCCAUAUUUAAAAAAAUUGCAAUUCAUCCAAAACCAAAUGCACAGGUCUAGUUGAUGUAAUGUUUGAAUAUUUUGAUAGACCAGACAAUCACUGUGUGACGUUUACAGUAUGUUUCUGGUGUUUUAAUGGAAAUGCUAAUUUAUAUAUAUAUUUUUCCUUUUAGAAUUCCCUACAAGAUGCCAUUUUAUCAAAGGAAAACGCAAUCAAAGAUCUAAAAGGUAUUUACAUCUUCAAAAAAAUAUCUUUUUUUCUUUAAUGACAGAUUUUGUAUUUUUCAUACAUUAUGAUUAGCUAUAUACAACCUGACCAUGCUAUGUAGUGCAGGUGAACAACUAUAUAACCAAGUCUGGGAGAUAUAUUUAAACUUAGUAUGGCUAGAUGUAUCUUAAAGGGACACCAUAGUCACCAAAACAACACUACUUUAAUGAAGCAGUUUUGGUGUAUAGAACAUACAUACAUACAGCCUCACUGCUCAAUUCAGGAGUUAAAUCACUUUGUUUAUGAACCCUGGUCACACCUCCCUGCAUCUGACUUGCACAGCCUUCCUACACACUUCCUGUAAAGAGUCAUCUAAAGUUUAUCCUUUCUUUAUUACAAGUUCUGUUUAAUUUCGAUUUUCUUAUCCCCUGUUAUGUUAAUAUCUUGCUAGACUCUGUUAGAGCCUCCUGUAUGUGAAUAAAGCAAGAGAUACAAUUGUUUAAGGUAAAUUACGUAUGAUUGAAAUUGAAACCAGUUUUAUUUUUCAUGCAGGCUGUGUCAAUCAUAGCAAGGGGAGGUGUGGCUAGGGCUGCAUAAACAGAAACAAAGUGAUUUAACUCUUAAAUGGCAGUGAAUUGAGCAUGAUCUAUACACUAAAACUGCUUAAUUGAGCUAAAGUUGUUUAGGUGACUUUAGUAUUCCUAUAAUUCUCCACUGGGGCUUACAUGACUUUAAAGUGUAUAUAGAAUGUUUCAGGAUGUCUGCCUAGAAGAUCCAGAUUAUUUUUUAAGGGCAGAGUGAGGCAGAGUGAGACAGAGUGAGACAUAAGCAGUGGAUUGGGAAUGCUUUGAUCCUGAUGGGUAUACAGACUUUGUUCAAGUGAACUUUGGAGCCCGCAUAGACCCAGUGACAUGUGGGGAAAAACAGGACCAGGAGCUUGUUCAUUUAUGCUAACCAAGAGGCUUUCGAAUCCCUGUUCAUCAUUGCAACUUUAAAGGGGAGCUGUCACUUCCCAAGAAUUAACAUAUUGCACUUUUUUAUCCCUAUAUCUGACAAAUAUGUAUUUGUGAGGUAAAGAAAUCCAUACCUAUUUAUCCUGCAACUGGGUGCCUCCAUCUUAGCUCCAUGUCAAUCAUUUGUUAUACGUUCUGUCUUUUGCACCUAGCAGUCCGUAUAGAGAGAGCAUACAGAGAAUAUGAGAUAUUAAACAAUGCUUCUGUUCCUCCUCUUCAUUUGCAAUGUGUGUCCUGGCUGUACCUUGCCUGGGAUGGAUUAAGAUAUCAUUUGUAAAAUGUUUAAUAUAAAUUCAAAAUAAAAUGGAGUAUCUUAUUAAAAAAAAUGUCAAUGCACAUUAUAGCUCAAAUUCUUUGUUUUAUAUUCCAGAAAAGUACCAAUAUUAAAAUAAAAUCCCUUGCGCCAAUGCCUCCAAACAUGGAGAAAUCUCUCCGUACUUCCCUAAUUUAGUAAAUAACAAAUACAAUUACCAUGUUGCAAAAUUAAAAGUACUUGAAAAGUAUAGGAAAAACACAUUGUGACAAAAGUAGGUAUCCUGUAGACAGGUUUGUCCUGAAGGUAGCUUUGUGCUAUCAUUCUGGUUGAAUGUUUUAUCACAAUUUGCAAAAACAUUCUUUUUAGAUAGAAGGUUGUGCAUGUUUAUUUCAAUUUUUUUUAUAGUUUUAAAUUUUUCAACUUUUUCUACUUUAUAACAGAGCAAUAUGAGAUUUUGCUACAGCAAGCAGAGAAGAAGCAGUUUAGACUACUAGAGCAAUUACACACUCAAGCGUAAGUUAUAUGAGCCACAUUUAUACAAUAAUUACAUUUCUUCAUGGAUUCUUAUAUAUGACAAUGUUAUACAGUCAUUAAGAGUUAAUCACUUAAGGAACUUCAGACAACCACAUGUAACUUAGCCUAUCGAAUGUGUACGCUAAGUUACCGUUAGCUAUGUUUUUUGUUUGUUUGUUUUUUGUUAUUUUAUUAAUCCUGUUUAUUUAUUCAGCAUUAAUAAUUCUGGUUCUUUUCAAAUAAUAGAUUUGCUCCAUAAGCCCGCCCUUUGUGACCCUUCCUUUCAGCCUGCAGCGCUUCACUUUUUUUAUCCAAUAAAACAUACGUACAUAGAAAGGUAGGCAGUGUCUUUAGAGGCUGAGUCAUUUCCUGGUCAGGACAGAGAACACAGAAGAAGCUGUAAGCCUCUGGAUCUGCCAAAAAUGCAUAAAGAAAAUGUAUAAGCUGCAAAUAUGAGUAUCUGUUAAAUUUUUUUGCAUUUUUAUUUUACUGUUUACCACAUAUCCUAAGUACAUUGGAAAUAAAUUUGUUCACGUUUACACUGUGAUGUGAUGAAAAAGGGUUCAUACACAAAGCACAUUAGUGAUUCCGUUUUACUAGAGAGUCUCAGUUUACAACUCUAAUUCCAAGUUUAAGUUCUGCACAUUUCCAGAAGAAUAAUGAAAGUCCAACUGGUGCACCUGUGGACCCAAAGUGGUAAAACCCUUUGCAGAUGCAAUUAGAAAGUAAUGGAUCUCAGCAUUUCAGAUUGGAACUGUAGACAUUGGGAAACAGAAUACACAGUGAUAACAGGUCCUCAGAUCCAUUAACUUCUACUUAUUAUUUACAACUCUAGCUACAUGAGUAAGAGUAGUUCAAAUAUGGCGAAAGGGAAAGUGUCAGAAAUCUCUAUAAGCUGACAUUGAAUUUUGUUGCACGAGACAGCAAAGCAAUAUUAAUAUCAGGUGAAAAGUAGAGCUGAGCGGACACCUGGAUGUUCGGGUUCGGCCGAACUUCGGCAAAAAAGUUUGGGUUCGGGGUCGAACUUGACCCCAAACUUGACCCCGAACCCCAUUGAAAUCAGUGGGGACCAGAACUUUUGGCCACAAAAAUGGCUCUAAAAAAGUCCUGGAAAGGGCUAGAGGGCUGAAAAAGGAAGUAAAAUGGAGGUAAGAGUAGGACAAGUGCCCUGCAAACAAAUGUGGAUAGUGAAAUCACUUUAAAUAACAUAAAACACAUAAAAUAAGCAGCCAUUUAGUAGAUAACUCCUUAAUUCCCACAGUAUUAGGGAGCUAUCUACCAAAAGGCUGAAAGACCUAAAUUGGUCUUUAAAGCCAAAUUUACUAAUAUCAAGUAAAGAUUACUUAGUAUUAGUAAAUUCAGCCCCUACUUGAUAUACCGCGAGUAGGGGUGUGUCUAGUAAACAGUGAGAAGCCAACGGCACCCCUGUGCGACGAGUGGGGGCCCUAAAUAAGAAUGUGGAGCAGUGGACCUACUGUCCUCCCCUCCGGCCCCACCCUGAGUGGCAGCUGGGGGCCCUAAAUAACAAUAAGGGGGGGACCUACUGUGCUCCUCCCCCGGCCCCCAGCCAUGCGCGGCGAGUGGGGGACCUAAAUAACAAUAAGGGGGAGACCUACUGUCCUGCCCCCAGCCCCCACCCCUGCGCGGCAUGUGGGGGCCAUAAAUAACAAUAAGGGCGGGGGACCUAAUGUCCUUCUCCCCCGCCCAACACUCCAGUGGGGUGGGGUCAUAAAUAAGAAUUUGGGGGGGGACCUACUGUCCUCCCCCGGCUCCCACCCCUGUGUGGCGGAUGGGGGACCUAAAUAACAAUAAGGGGGGGAUCUACUGUCCUCCACCCCAGCCCCCACCCCUGUGCGGCGGGUGGGGGCCCUAAAUAACUUAUGUCCUCCCCCCCGGCCCCCACCCCUGAGCGGUGGGUGGAGGUCAUAAAUAAGAAUUUUGGGGGGAACUAUUGUCCUCCCUCCAGCCCCCACCCCAGCACGGCGGGUGGGGGCCCUAAAUAACAUAAGGGGAGGGACCUAUUGUCCUCCCCCCGGCCCCCACCCCUGAGCGGUGGGUGGGGCCCUAAAUAAAAACUGGGUGGGAGGACACCUACUGUCCUCCCCUCCGGCCCCCACCCCUGAGCAGCGGGUGGGGGCCCUAAAUAAAAUGUAACCCCCACAGGUGACUAGGGGUCCCCAAACCCCUAGUCACCCCCCUCCCCCCAAAAAAAUAACCCCAACCUACCCCCCUCAUCCUAAAAAUAAUGAGGGGGACCCUUAUCUAAAUACCUGUAAAAAAACAAAAAUAGACUUACCAUUUGAUGUCGUCUUUCUUCUAAACUCUUCUUUUUUCAGCCCCAAAAAAGGCCAAAUAAAAAUCCAUUAUAACCGACGCACUUUAAAACACAAAAAAAAACUAGCACAAAAAAUAAUAAUCCAUUUUCACCCAUGGAGGGCUCCGCGCAGACUGAGCUCUGCAGGGCAGGGGGAAGGCUUAUAAAGCCUUGCCCCGCCCUGCAAUUAGGCUCAGAGCACUCUGAUUGGUGGGUUUAAGCCAUCCAAUCAGAGUGCUCUUACAGAUAAAUGAAGAGACUGACAGGUAAGUCUCUACAUUUACCUGUCACAGCACUCUGAUUGUUUGGCUUGAAAUCCACCAAUCAGAGUGCUCUGUGUCAUUUUACACAGCGUGGGAAAGUUCUUUGGAAUUUUCCCACGCUUUGUAAUUUGACUCAUAACAACACUCUGAUUGGUGAAACCAAUCAGAGAGUUAUAAAUCAAAUUACACAGCACUGGAAAAUUCCAAAGAACUUUCCUACACUGUGUAAAAUGACACACAGCACUCUGAUUGGUGGAUUUCAAGCUAACCAAUCAGAGUGCUCUGUGUCAUUUUACACAGCAUGGGAAAAUUCCAAAGAACUUUUCCACGCUGUGUAAAAUGACACAGAGCACUCUGAUUGGUGGAUUUCAAGCCAACCAAUCAGAGUGCUGUGACAGGUAAAUGUAGAGACUUACCUAUCAGUCUCUUCAUUUACCUGUCAGAGACUCAGAGCACUCUGAUUGGAUGGCUUAAACCCACCAAUCAGAGUGCUCUGAGCCUAAUUGCAGGGCAGGGCAAGGCUUUAUAAGCCUUCCUCCGCCCUGCAGAGCUCAGACUGCGCAGAGCCCUCCCUGGGUGAAAAUUUAUAAAAAUUCUUGCGCUCUUUUUUUUUUUUUUUUUUUUUUUAGUGCAUCGGCUAUUAUGGAUUUUUAUUUGGCCUUUUUUGAGGCUGAAAAGUUUAGAAGAAAGAAUACAUCAAAUGGUAAGUCUAUUUUUUUUUUACAGGUAUUUAGAUAAGGGUCUGUACUUGGACCCAUUCUCUUUAAUAUUUUUAUUAGUGAUAUUACAGAAGGUCUUGAUGGUAAGGUAUGUCUUUUUGCUGAUGAUACUAAGAUAUGUAACAGGGUUGAUGUUCCAGGAGGGAUAAGCCAAAUGACAAAUGAUUUAGGUAAACUAGAAAAAUGGUCAGAAUUGUGGCAACUGACAUUUAAUGUGGAUAAGUGCAAGAUAAUGCAUCUUGGACGUAAAAACCCAAGGGCAGAGUACAGAAUAUUUGAUAGAGUUCUAACCUCAACAUAUGAGGAAAGGGAUUUAGGGGUGAUUAUUUCUGAUGACUUAAAGGUAGGCAGACAAUGUAAUAGAGCAGCAGGAAAUGCUAGCAGAAUGCUUGGUUGUAUAGGGAGAGGUAUUAGCAGUAGAAAGAGGGAAGUGCUCAUGCCAUUGUACAGAACACUGGUGAGACCUCACUUGGAGUAUUGUACACAGUACUGGAGACCGUAUCUUCAGAAGGAUAUUGAUACCUUAGAGAGGGUUCAGAGAAGGGCUACUAAACUGGUUCAUGGAUUGCGGGAUAAAACUUACCAGGAAAGGUUAAAGGAUCUUAACAUGUAUAGCUUGGAGGAAAGACGAGACAGGGGGGAUAUGAUAGAAACAUUUAAAUAUAUAAAGGGAAUCAACACAGUAAAGGAGGAGACUAUAUUUAAAAGAAGAAAAACUACCACAACAAGAGGACAUAGUCUUAAAUUAGAGGGACAAAGGUUUAAAAAUAAUAUCAGGAAGUAUUACUUUACUGAGAGGGUAGUGGAUGCAUGGAAUAGCCUUCCAGCUGAAGUGGUAGAGGUUAACACAGUAAAGGAGUUUAAGCAUGCAUGGGAUAGGCAUAAGGCUAUCCUAACUAUAAGAUAAGGCUAGGGACUAAUGAAAGUAUUUAGAAAAUUGGGCAGACUAGAUGGCCGAAUGGUUCUUAUCUGCCGUCACAUUCUAUGUUUCUAUGUUUAUAUGGUCCCCCUCAUUAUUUGUAGGAUGAGGGGGGUAGGUAGGGGUCAUUUUUUGGGGGGAGGGGGUCACUAGGUGUUUGGGGACCCCUAGUCACCUGGGGGGAGUUACAUUUUUAUUUAUGGCCCCCACCCACCGCUCAAGGGUCAGGGGGGAGGACAUUAGGUCCCCCCCCCAAUUUUUAUUCAUGGCCCCCACCCAUGUCCUCUCCCCCAGCCCCCACACCUGAGCGGUGGGGGUCAUAAAUAAGAAUAUGGGUGGGAUCUACUGUCCUUCCCCCCGACCCCCAACCCUGCACGGCAGAUGGGAGCCCUAAAUAACAAUAAAGGGGGGGAACCUACUGUCCUCCCCCCCGGCCCCCACCCUUUAGCGGUGGGUGGGGGCCAUAAAUAAGAAUGUGGGGGGUGACCUAAUGUCCUCCUCCCCGGCUCCAACCCCUGAGCGUUGGGUGGGGGCCAUAAAUAAAAUUUGGGUGUGGGGGACCUAAUGUCCUCUCUCCCAGCCCUCACUCCUGAGCAGUGGAUGGGGGCCAUAAAUAAAAAUUGGGGGGGGGGGGGGCUAAUGUCCUCUCCCCCCAGCCCCCACCCCUGAGCGUUGGGUGUGGGCCAUAAAUAAAAAUUGGGGGGGGACCUACUGUCCUCCCCCUAGCCCCCACCUCUGAGCGGUGAGUGGGGGCCCUAAAUAAAAAUGUAAACCCCCCCAGGUAACUAGGGGUACCCAAACCCCUAGUCACCCUCCUCCCCCCCCAAAAAAAUAACCCCUACCUACCCCCUUCAUCCUAAAAAUAAUGAGGGGGGACCCUUAUCUAAAUACCUGUUAAAAAAACAAAAAUACACUUACCAUUAGGUUCCCCCCCAAUUUUUGUUUAUGGCCCCCACCCACUGCUCAGGGGUGUGGGCCAGGGGGGAGGACAUUAGGUCCCCCCUCCAAUUUUUAUUUAUGGCCCCCACCCACCGCUCAGGGGUGGGGGCCAGGGGGGAGGACAUUAGGUCCCCCCCAAUUUUUAUUUAUCACCCCCACCCAUGUCCUCCCCCCCAGCCCCCACACCUGAGCGGUGGGGGUCAUAAAUAAGAAUUUGGGGGGGAUCUACUGUCCUUCCCCCGGCCCCCAACCCUGCGCGACGGGUGGGGGCCCUAAAUAACAAUAAGGGGGGGGAACCUACUGUCUGCCUCCCCCGGCCCCCACCCCUGAGCGGUGGGUGGGGGCCAUAAAUAAGAAUGUAGGGGGUGACCUAAUGUCCUCCUCCCCAGUUCCAACCCCUGAGCGUUGGGUGGGGGCCAUAAAUAAAAAUUGGGUGGGGGGGACCUAAUGUCCUCCCCCCCAGCCCCCACCCCUGAGCAGUGGGUGGGGGCCAUAAAUAAAAAUUGGGGGGGCCUAAUGUCCGCCCCCCCAGCCCCCCCCAGCCCCCACCCCUGAGCGUUGGGUGUGGGCCAUAAAUAAAAAUUGGGGGGGACCUACUGUCUGAGCGGCGAGUGGGGGCCCUAAAUAAAAAUGUAAACCCCCCAGGUUAACUCCCUUAACCCCUAGUCACCCCCUCGCCACCCAAAAAAUAACCCCUACCUACUCCCCUCAUCCUAAAAAUAAUGAGGGGGGACCCUUAUUUAAAUACCUGUAAAAAAAUAAAAAUACACUUACCAUUAGGUCCCCCCUCCCCCAAUUUUUGUUUAUGGCCCCCACCCACUGCUCAGGGGUGAGGACAUUAGGUUCCCCCCCCCCCCAAUUUUUAUUUAUGGCCCCCACCCAUCACUCAGGGGUGGGGGUCAGGGGGGAGGACAUUGGGUGCCCCCCCCCCAAUUUUUAUUUAUUGCCCCCACUUACCGCUCAGGGGUGGGGGCCAGGGUCGAGGACAUUAUGGCCACAGGCUGCUCACUGUUUAAUAGACAUGCCCCUACUCACGGUAUAGCGACUAGGGGCAUAAUUUAAUAAUACUAAGCAACCAACUUAUAUAGAGGCUGGGUCACAUGCUGCACUGGCCAAUCACAGCCAUGCCAUUAGUAGGCAUGGCUGUGAUGGCUUCUAAGGGCACACAAGUCAAACGCUUGUUUCAAAACGUGUCAUUAUAUCGCUGAACACCAAACUCCAACCCGAACAUACACUGAUAUGUCCGUGUUUGGGUCCGGGGUCCAAAAAACUUAAUGUUCUGUAAGAACCCGAACUUUACAGUCCGGGUUCGCUCAACUCUAGUGAAAAGUAUUCUUGAAGCCAUAUAAUUAGAGCCCAAGAGUCUACAAUAAGUCUGCUAACAGAAACAAAUAAAUAUAUCUUUUGGUGGAGAAGGACCCCUUUAAAUACAUUUCCCAAGUAUCUCUAGGUAAAUGGUGUUGAACAGAGCAUUACAGCUCAUUGUCAGUCAGGGGUUGAGUACAUGGGAUCAAGGGGCAGCACCUUACUAUCUUACCGCCACUCAGCAAUUUAGAUAAUUUUUGCACGCAGUGAGCUGUCAGAGUCCUGGGAGUGUUAAUGGUCUGCAAGGACUCUUCAGUUACAGCAGGGACAAUUAAUGCCAGUAGGGAUUACAUUAUAUCCCCACUCUUUGCACACAGCUCCCGGUCCGGCAAUUCUAAGAGAGCAUGACUGAUUCUAGGUGUCCAAUUUCCUUGCCACUUGGUCACAAAGGAAGGAAACAGGAGAGUAGUGAAAUAAGUAUGCAAAGGGGAUAAAAGCGAAUGGACAAAAGUAAGAAAGCCAUGUAAAGACGGGCAAAGUGAGGGAAUGGGGACAUGGACAGAGACUGUCAGCAGGUGGAGUAUAUUCAAGGUUGGAUUUGUAAAGAGGCAAAAUGAUAUUUGGAUCACAUGAAUUAAAACCCUUUUACAUAAGGAAGCACCUGCUAGAACAGAGGUAAGCUUUAACUGUAUUUUAUUUUAUUUCUAAACGUUGACUGAGGGGAGUGGACCAGGAUAUAGGAAGGCUUAUUCUAACCGAAACCAGUGUUUUCUUAAAACACUGGUUUUGGUUAGAGUGCCAUUUAAUAUUCAAUAAGUUUAAAAUAUUAUUUUCAGAUUUACUUUCUACACAAAUUUACAUAUUUUAGUUAUCUACAUAAUGGACCACAAUCGCUGUAAUCAUACUAAAAAAGACUGCCGCGAUGGAUUUUGGCUGAUUUGGCGUGUACCUCAUUGCUUUGAAAGAGUUCAGUGAAACUUGGGAUAAACACAGCUGUCACAAGCAGAAAACAAAAUCAAGAAUAAACAUGUACUAUAAGAUAAGGAAUGGACAAACUAUGCGGGAGAGUUGGCUUUUUAUCACAAUGUUUGUUUCUAAACAUUUUUUCUUCAUUUCAUUUUUGUUCUUCAUUUAAAGGACCCAAUGUAUAAAUAUUGUUAGUAUGAUGAGAGACUACUGCAAUGAAACAAGAGGAAACAAAUCACAAAAAGUAGACAAAUCCACUGAAGAGGAAACAGGGAUUACAGAGGGAUUUCCCUUUUUACCUGUAGCAAACCAAACUCAAAAUAAACUGUAUAGAUCAAAUCUAACGCACCCAAAAACCAACAAUAGAAGCAUCAGUCUAAAUGCAGCCCAGCAUAAAUGGGUGGACAAUGUAACUGACUCAGGUAAGUACUGUAUUUUUAUCAAACGUUAUUGAUUUAAGGCAGGGGUGGGCAAUCUGCAGCCCUCCAGAUGUUUUGCACUACACCUCCCAUAAUGCUCUUAGGGCCAUAAUGCUAGCAAAGCAUCAAGGGAGAUGUAGUCCAAAACAUCUGGAGGGCCGCAGAUUGCCCACACCUGAUUUAAGGUAAAAUAGGAGUUUACCUGUAUGCAUGGAUUUACCAGGGUAGUGUUAAAACAAUUGUGAAACAAAAAUAGUCUACAUUUGUGAAUGUUUGAUUAAUAUUAACUCACAUCUGCCAAGAUGGCUGUACCUGCCUGUGAAAGGUCCAUGACCACCAAUAAAAGGAAAAGGUCUGCCCAUUAAGGGGGUUCGAUUGCCCCUUAAAUGGGUGGCCAUGAUGACUGACAGCCUUCCCCUUCAAGUCACACUAUGCAAGGAGCACAGCUGUAGUGCUCCGAGCAUCGUCCUAGUGCCCUGUCCCCUCCUGCAUCCUGAAAUAUGCAUGGCAGAUUUUUGUGGGAACAGGACCCUGAAAUGCAGGACUGUUUUGGCAACAUCAGGACUGUUGACAACUAUGUUACCUACACCCAAAAUUAGCAACAGAUAAUAGAUACAUGAUUACUUAAGUAGCUCACAAACACACUCAUGUGCCAUGUAACUCUUUAAAGCACAAUAAUUUCAAAGAGCAGUCUCAGCACCAUAACCACUUCAGUUCAUUGUAGGGGUUAUGCAACAUCCCCAAAGAUUUCUGUUAAAUCAUUUUCAAGCAGCUUGAUUUGACCAAACCAUUUUUGAUCACUAUGACACAAACAAAGUCUCACCUGGUAUUUACAUUCAAGCAACUUAAGCAACUUGGCUAAUGAUAAUGUGGAUGUUCUCCUACAACUUUGGGCAGCAAUGCAAGUCUGAGCGUGCUGUGUUAACUGAACACCAAAGAUAUAUUGCUUAGAUGACAAAAAUAAGUUUUGUCAGGAUAGCAAGCAGAUUUCAUUUUCAAGCUUUGUAAAAAAAUUCGUGCACUGAGCAAUAUAGUUUUUCCAAACUGUUUAUAUAUAGUCAAUUUAUUAUUUUCCAAUUUUGUUCUUAAAAAUGUAUUAUACAUUUUACAAACCUAGACCUUGAUUUCAUAUUUUUGGAUAAGCUUUUCAAAUAAUUUAAUAUUUUUGGAUAAACUUUUAAAAUAUGUAUUUUUUUUAAAUAUUAAAACAUAAAAAAUCUAUCAUAUAUACAAAAAAUAUAUUUCAAUAUAUAAAAUAUUAUUAUAUAUUGAAAUAUUUCUUAAAUAUUAAAUCAUUGUAAAAGCCUAUCCAAAAAAAUAUUAAAUUGAGGCCUUAUUUUGGAAAUAACAGAGAACUAGAAUGAUGCAUUAAUAAUUCAUCUUCAUUUUUUCGCAGGUGGCAAUAAGUAUACAUCCAAAAUAGACCAUAGAGUGGAAAACAAACAUACUUUCGAAAAGGAAUUUAGGUCAUUUGUAAGAGACAAUGAAAGCACUAUGCAAUUAGGGAAGACUAUUAAAGAGUUAAGAGAAGAAAGUGCAAAAAAACAAAACCUCACAGAUGCUCUUAACCAGGAGAAAACAGGUGAACAAAGUGUGAAGGACAUUUUAAAACGAGAAAUCAAAGAGGUAGAAGAUAACAUUCAUAUGGAUAAUGAAUGGAAACGGAAAGGAUACAGAGUCAAAGAGCUUGCACGAAUGACAGAAGAGGAGAAAACACACAAAACACAAAAGACUCACGAUUUAGACAAUAAUGUAUUUGUUGGUGGACAAGGCGAAAACAAAGUUCCAGAAAAAUUACUUUGGUCACAAGAUGAUAAAACACAAAAGACUGAAAGCCAUGAUUUCUUAACCACAGACAAUAACAAUAAACUGACUAAUAUAUUAGAAGAUCAAACUUUAGAAGACAAAGUAACAGAAAGGAAAAAAAUGACAGAAAAAAAGAAAACAAUAAAAAAAGAAAACAAGGAUAUUCCAGAAGCUAAAAAUAACAAUGAGUGGGUUGAAAACAAGCAUGUAAAUGCAACAUAUAAUCAAAAAGAACCAGAAAUAGGAAACUCAAAACAAAAUCUAACAAGAAGGAUCAGCAGAUGGAACGUUACUAACAAAGUGAAAAAUUAUUAUAAAAAUGAAGUUACGGGAUAUAAGAAGAAAAAAUAUAAACAAAAUGAAAGAACUAAUUUAUCAGUGAAUAGAGACAAUAUCAAACCUAGUAUUGAAAAGCAAAAGGACACAAAAAGGGGGACAAAUGUGAAACUCCUAAAAAAAAAAGAAAGUAUCUAACAAUGUCUGAAAUAUGACCUUCAGUGAGUCACAGAGGCAACAUCCAGAUAUUAUAGUAACACAUGUAUCAUUAAUACAACUGACAUACUAAGAUUUGUAAAAACAUGCCUUUAAAUUCAAGCAACACUAGCUGGAAUGGGAUGGGAAAUGGAAUGUUGUCAUGGUCGUCUUUUUCAAGCAUUACUUGGCUGGAGUUCCAAGCUUUAUAAGUGUAAUUUGGUGGCUUGAGCAAUUAAAUUAUCAAACUAUGUUAAGGCACAAUUCACUCAAAUGCCAAGUUAAGUUUACAAAUAGCCAAAAAAUAUAAUUAAAAAAAACAAGUAUGUUUUUUAGAGUUGCCACAGAUUGUUUAAUUGAGAAGGGCGGCAAACUCAGGGACUGCCCCGGGCAGCAAACGUAUUAGGUACGCCACUGUGUACGCCACAUUAAUGAGAAUGUAUUUGAAUUUACAUAUGUUCUUGUUUUCUGGUUUUCCCACACAAGUGGAUAGACAAUCCUGGAUUGGCCAGCAAGUUUUUGUAUGACCUUGCACACAAACUGGGGUUUUUCCAGGCACCCAAGGCCUAGUCCCUCGUUAGACAAAACAAGUGGAGCUCCCACAUAAGUAUUCAGGAGAGAGGGGAGCAGGCUUUGGCUACCUGGGAACCCUCAAUGUGCAUAAACCCGUUCAUAAAAUGUUUCUGGUGCCAUCAAGUACCUAAUAAGCAACACAUGAUCUAACAAGUAUUUGUGAAGCUUCAGUGACUUCCAUUACUUUCCAAAAUGAUUAAAAUCAAAAUGUAUCAUAAUUUUUCUAUUUAAUGUUUCUCAACUGUGAAAUAUAUUUGGGGAAAAAUGUGAAUUAAGUCUUUCUGUUCACACACACUGCACUGCACCUCUCACACACAUUUCACGCUUCACACACAUUGCACCUUUCACACACAUUGUACCUUUCACAUGCACACUGCAACCAUCACACACUGCACUCCUCACACACUGCAUCCCUCACACACACAUUGCACCCCUCACACACACUUACAACCCUCACCCCUACAUAAACUGCACCUCUCAUACACACUGCACCCCUCAUACACACUGCACCCCUCCACACUCUUUACUCCUCAUACACACUGCAUUACAUUUAGAAACUAUAUCCCUUAUACACACAUUCUGCAUACCCUAUAAACAAUCUGGAUCCCCUGUGCACACACUAGAUCCCCUGUAUGCAGAAACAUGCACUACGUUCCCUAAAUGCACACUCUACAGCCCAUAUACUACAGCCCAUAUGCACACACGUGCUGCAUCCCCAAUAGACACACUUUGCCCACUACAAAUGCACACACUAGAGCCUCUUGUCACAUAUAUAACAACACAAACACAACACAAUUGAAACCAACCUAUUUACACAAAACAUAACACUACAACCAGCUCAUUCUAUUUGCACAAUACUCUUUCCUGGCUAUUUUGUCCUCUGGUAAUAUUCUAACACAUAGGGCAGCACACAUAAUAAAGAGAGGGGAAAUGUACAAAGGGCAGCGGUUCGGCCACAAUUUUAUGGCAGGACAGGAGGCUUCAUAUUUGCUUUACCUUCUUUACUGAAACCUCCAGCAGCAAAGAAACAGUUAACAGAACUUUUCAAAACAACCAAUCAGAACAAAGCAACAGUAGUAUAAAACCCCUAAGCAGGCUCUUCCACUUCCUCUUUCUUUGCUGCUGCCUCCAGGUGAGCACUCACCAACUCAGAGUUGUCUCUGCUCUGGGUUGUUUUUUUAUCCUACAUGCUGCUUGUUUAUUUAAUCAGUCUAUUUGUUAGGUUUGUUUAGGCAGCUUAAUUGCUGGUUUUAUUUAGGCAGGGUUCUUGCUGGAUUUAGCUAGGCAGUCUAUUGCUGUGUUUAGCUAGGCAGUCUAUUGCUGUGUUUAGCUAGGCAGUCUAUUGCUGGGUUUAGCUAGGCAGUCUAUUGCUGGUUUAGCUAGGCAGUCUAUUGCUGUGUUUAUCUAGGCAGUCUAUUGCUGGGUUUAGCUAGGCAGUCUAUUGCUGUGUUUAGCUAGGCAGUCUAUUGCUGUGUUUAGCUAGGCAGUCUAUUGCUGGGUUUAGCUAGGCAGUCUAUUCUGUGUUAUUUCCUAUACCACUUCAUGCUAUGUAGCUGCUGUAUCACUUGUUAACAUCUGUUGCUGUAUUUAGGCCAUUUAUCUGAUAGAUUCUGGAUACUGCUCAUUGAUUUAUUGUUAUUCUGGGUUACUUUAUUCUGUUUUCUCACUCUGCUGUAUGGGGAAUGGGUGCCCCUGCUAUGAUGCUUUGGCUCUGCCUGUAAUCUGUUCCCCCUCCCCAGGUUCCCCUGCUGGGCUCUGUCGCCCAUACCCUUCUCCCUUGUUCCCCACCUGCUCCCUGUGGCCCCUGGCCGCUUGCUGAGCAGCCUUUUCUACCGUGGCAGUGCCGCACGAUCACCACGCGGUAGGCCGCGCUCUGUUUUUGCAGCCACGGCAGCCAUUUUGUUGGAGCCGCAGCGGCCAUUUUUCAGAGCCACAUGGGCUCUGUGCGUUGCAAACAGCCAGGUCUCACCCAAGAACUGGCCUGCUGGCCAUGUGGCCACCCUCCCCUCUCCCUAUAUCAGGGGAGAUAGCCCAGUUUUUCAGCUAUCCCUCUACUUACUGUGCCUGUCUCACAUGCUGCAUAUGUAACAGAUCCUGGAUAGCAGGGCACACUCACAACUGCAGCUUACUAUGUCUGAUGCAAUGUGACUAGGUUCUCUAUCUUAGCAGUAGACUUGUCACACUUUUUUACUAUUACAUGUGAAUCUCAGAUUUAAAGGGACACGUUACUGCUCAAAUAAAAAUCUUUGUUUAACAAGACUAUGCCACAUGUGUUAUAUGCUAAUCAAGUCUUUCUCUAAGGUUCAGUGUUUUUCUCAUAAAAAUUUAAAUGGCCUGUUUUUCAGCACCUAGCUCCCCUGCCUAGGAUUUGCUGCCCUUCCUGCAAGGGACUUAAAUUUUCCACUACACAUACAAUUCAAAAGUGAAUCCUAAUAUAAUACCUGAGUGGUCUGUGAGUCAGCUUCUCGCUAUAUGGACCCUCCUACCCCUCAGGGGGGCUACUGGCCCCACAUUCAGACCUGUUAUUAUUGGGGGGUGAACCCCCCCCCCCCAUCCAUAUUUCUGGGGCUCUACCCGCUACUGGACCAUAAUAAUGGACGUGUGACACCAUUGUGGGCUGGGUGACCCCCUCCCUCUGGCAACAGGGCUACCUAUGAGUACCCUGCUGGCUCUACGGCAUCCUGUAAGAUUAAUGCUGAGGGUGACCCCCUCCUGCUUCCUAUAUUAAUGCUCCGGCAAUGUCCUGCUAUUAUCAUACCGAGGGGGUACCCCUCCUGCAGUCUGCACUGCUGGACCUGCAGCAUCCGGGUAUUCCCAUAAAAGAGGGUACCCCUCCCACUGAUUGAGCUUCUGUUCUUACAGUGCCCUGCAAUACGCAGAUACUGAGGGUGACCCCCUCCUGUGGACUACUCUGCUGGACCUACAGGGUCCCAUUAUAACCAUAAUGAGGGUGACCCCCUCUCGCUGACUACACUGCUGGGUGUACAGACCUCUAUGAUACCACACUGAGGGUGACCCCCUCUUACCUACAGCACUGCUGGAUCUGCAAUGCCCGGUUCUGGUUAUAUGAGGGUGACCCCCUCCUGCCGUCUACACUGCUGGACUGGCAAUGUCUGGUUACUUUAUUAUACGGCUAACCACUUCGGCACUACUGUACCCACAGUGUCCGAUUAUGUUCAGACUGAGGGUGACCCCCUCCCCUGCUGGCCUAUACUGCAUGGUAUGCUUGUGCUUGUUGGGUGACCCCCUCUUGCACGCUGGGUGACCCCCAGCUGGCCGCACCACUGUACCUACAGUGUCCGAUUAUGUUCAGACUGAGGGUGACCCCCUCCCCUGCAGGCCUAUACUGCAUGGUAUGCUUGUGCUUGUUGGGUGACCCCCUCUUGCACGCUGGGUGACCCCCAGCUGGCCGCACCAGGUAUCAUUCCGACAGUGUUACCUCUAUGGCAGUUGUGCAAUCACGGCUGAAGGACAAAUCUCCUGUACCCAGAAGGUCACUUGGCCUGUCCUCUUGCCGCCCCGCUGACCUCACUGCCAGAAACCAUCGGUACCCUACGGGAACAUUCCACCGGCCAUCCUAGACGCUACACCAAGCACCCCUGGUACUCGUUGGCUAACGGAUGGAUUCAUCAAGAGGAUCAGUCUUCAUGGCGGAGUCCGGAAAGGACACCGCAAACACCUGACACGGGGUUUGCACUCUAUCUGGGACUAACCAGUGGAUGUCAGUGACAUACGGACACAGAUGUUUCCUCGGGACGAACGGCGCGUUACCGCUUGGAAAGCGGAGAAGACUAAAUUCCCACUGGGAAUGGACCGAUAUGACUUAUAGGUAUCGCCUAGUUGGUUUCUACCCCUGAGAACCGCAAAACGGCCCCUGUCCAAGCUGGACAUCAAACUGAUGGAUUUAGCAUCCAAGUGCUGGGUCUGCUCUCCGGAGUUACCCUCAUGUACAAAUUGAGCUGACACAUCUCUAUUCAUAGGGUUCCACCUUAGCUAAUCACAGAGGUCUCUCGGACCGUGCCCGGACUCCAGAUCAAGGUUGCGGAACCUUGGACCGUUCCAUGAGCAAUACGCAUGACCAAAAGAGGCAUCCGUUCCGACUCAUUCCGCAGUUGCCCUGCUGGGCAAAGGGUGCGGUGGAGUGGACACCCGCCCCAUCCCCACGCUACAUGCUCCCAGUGCAUAUGUCGUCUGUUGACACAUUUUGAGAUGGAGGGCACUCAUCCCCUCUGAGAGCUGCUCGGCGUUGACGAUUGAUUCUCUCCCUCAAAUGCACAUGAGAGAAACCCGCAUGGAUUUUGCCAUCAACAUGGACAUAUUGAAUCUGACUCACUCCCAGUCAACCCAGUUUCCGGUCUUUCAUGGAAUAUUCGGUCCAGGCGGUGCUCCGCCUCCCGAGGACCAAGAUGUCCGUCUUCAAGGAAAAUACCAGGUAUAUACUCUGCAACCCGCGGGUUACACUUAGGGGCCCAACCCGGUUAAUUGACCGGUGCCUAUUCGCCAUGGAAGCCAUACCUCCAGGAUCCGGUACUAUCAGCCGCUCCAACAUGGCGCUUUCUCGGGUCUUUGGCCUUGUAUGACCAAAUCAUGUGACCUUCGGAUGAAGCUCAUCUAAAACUUAAUUGAUGACUCCGGAGGAGGGACUCCUUUACGCCAACUGCAUGGAACUACCUGCAGGUUUGUUCAACAUUCACAGUAUUGCUCGCUACCUUCCGGUAUGGACUUCUCACCGGUUGCCCACUAUGGACGGCAGUCGGAUCUCACAUAGGAUCGCUAUCUAUAGCUUCUGGACAAGUAUUCGUCAUUUGUGACAGAAUGUAUGCGGGACGAGACAUUCGUGUGGCGGACGGCUUCACCCGACCAUGGAGAGACCCCGAUGUUUGGUUGCCUCACCCUCCAGGAUCUCGAGUACUGGCAUGAUUACAUUCGGUGCGAACCGCCAUAUGGAGCGGUUCUCCAACUGGCUGCCGGAUCCUCGGCGAGGGACGAGUUUUCCAAGCUUGGUCUCCUUCGGGGCGUACGCAUCCCGUUUACCUACAGGAUACUUUGGGUUUUGCUUCAGACCGAAUUUCUGGAAGUGUCGUUUCGCCUGGCCAAACCACUUCGGAGGAGUCCUGCGUGCUUUCCUCUUUUUGCUGGAGUUUGCCAUGGGAAGGCAAUCUACGACUCCCUGUCUCUUAAUGCCACAGGGGUAGCCUGCCAUGAAUGGUGUUUGGGUCCCAAUGGCGGUCCUUAUCAUGGCUGUCCCCAUUGUCUGGCUGAGUUGCCCUCUCAGGGUAGGAUCGUAUGGGGCCAUUCACGUCCUAUGUCAGCUAGUGGACGACUCAUGUGCGUUUUCUCAAGAUUCUGGCAUUGCUAAGGAUCUCUUGGUCUGCAGUCUACCAAGAGGAGUAUACCGUACGGGAGCCCUAUCUCUCGCUAUUCCUCAAGUCUAGUGGUAUCGUGUGUUCUGGAUUUCAUUGAGGAAUGACCUGAUGACAAGGUGCACCAGUUUUUUCCACUUACGGUUUCCCCCCAGUACAUCUUUUAUUUCAUCGCGUUCUGACGUCAUGGUAUCGACGUGUCUUCUUCCUUCUUGCCGUUCAGUACAUCGGCUUCUGCUCCACACAUUUCAUUUUUAUUCGUCCUCUGUGUCGUACCCCUAUUCUCCGGAUAGGCCACGGCUCUGUUGACAGAUUGUACACGACCAUGUAGAUCCAGGAUCUGGUUCUUUCGUCCGUCUACUCAUGGACAGCUGUUUAUUUCUGCGUACAGCCGUUUUGGACUGUUUCUGCAUCUUCGCUCACCCGUUGGAUUUGGUGGAUCCUCUCAUUGACUGACCUUGAGUUCCUCUGGGACACUUUUGGUUCAGGGUGCUGUCACCUCAACAAUUUUGAAAGCUGUUGGGUCCCUUCUGCAUUUUCUCUACACCGCUGCUUGGUUUAGGGAAUCAGUUUUUCCAUUCUCCUUUAUUUCAGUCCUCUAUCUCAUAUUGCUUCUGGUUCUACUAUUUGGGCGUUAAAAUUGCAAAUAUGAAGCCUCCUGUCCUGCCAUAAAAUUAGGGAUUAUUCUAGCCUCGGUGAGGGAAUAAUCUAAAUUUUAUUAAAGACAGGAGGCGAAUAUUUCCCCCCCUUUUUUUUUUACGUUCCCUCCCUGGAUCUGAGUUUUAUUCUAUUAUAAAUAAUUGGGGAUAUUGUUAUGUUUUGUGAAUGCAUGGUUUUACAUAAUAAAGGUUAUUUCUAAUAUUCAGUGAUGGUUGUCCGUGUGCGUUUUAUUCAUCAUGUUUGUGUUGUAAUUAUGUUUUGUCAAUGCCUUUUAGCUUAGGUACAUACUAGGUCUUCAUAAGAUCUGUAGACUUUGUUUAUUCAUCAGGUAUUAUGAUGUGAAAGUGAUAUUGUAUGGAUAUGACAUCUUGCCUUGACAGUUUACUUUCACAAUGUUUUCUGUUUUCUUGCAGUGUAAUCUGUUUUCUCUCUGGGCUUGACGAUUGUUUCUCUGGAUGUGUCUGCUACAAGGUGGAUUCGUUGGUUUCCUUGCUCUCCUGCUCGACCUCAUCAAAGAAAGAGGAAGUGGAAGAGCCUGCUUAGGGGUUUUAUACUACUGUUGCUUUGUUCUGAUUGGUUGUUUUGAAAAGUUCUGUUAACUGUUUCUUUGCUGCUGGAGGUUUCAGUAAAGAAGGUAAAGCAAAUAUUCGCCUCCUGUCUUUAAUAAAAUUUAGAUUAUUCCCUCACCGAGGCUAGAAUAAUCCCUAAUUAUUAACUAAUGUGAUGUGUAUAGUGGAUGCAUUGAAUUGUUGCCUGAUAUAAGUUGUAUGAUUAACUACAGCAAGGAUUAAUUUUGUUGCCUUUAUCUCCACUAAAGGAAUGAACCAUCUGCCAGCUCACAGGAAAAGCUUUGCACAUUGAGGCCUAUUUUAUUGUGUUAAAUUUAAACAAAAUGAUGUGGAAUAAUUUGUAAUCAGGUAUUUGACUUCUGGUUCCGUAUCUGGUUCUGAGGUUUAGUGAUCUUUAUCACCAGGCUUUAUCAAAUAAUCUGUCAGUGACAAAUGAGAUAGAAAGCCACACUUACAAUGUAUGUGGUAAGUUCAAUAAAGGGUCAUUCUUCACUUAAAGGUUUUGAAGUGACUUUAGAUGCUAUUUUGUUUUUCAGGCCACUAUGUAUGUAUAAUAAAUAUAUAUAAAAAAUCAAUAAGUUCAAUACCGC